UCAAUAAUAAAUAGGUGUGACCAAAUAGUCUUGUCUAUAUAGUGCCUUUCUAUUGCUGACAGCCGUGAGCCUGUCGUUAGCUACAGUUUAUUUUGAAUCUUUAGACCGGAAAUACCCACACGCUAUUUUAUACUGUGAAAGAACACAUACCAGUAGCUUGACAACCGGUUCCCUCAUUCGCCCUCGGGAGAAGGUAGCUGCUAGCUGUAGGAGGAAAUCCACGAGUAAGAUAACAGACAUCUGUGUACAGUCUGAGAUGCCAGGUGCUGGUCCAUGGGUGUGAGCAGACUGGAUGUAUUUUAUAGAAGGCUUCUCCUCACCAAACUCUUCAUUGGUGGAUGGGGUAAGCCUGAAGACCUCAAGAGAAUCUUUGCGUUCCGUAAGACCAUUGGAGACAGAGAGAAGUGCAAGUCUCUUGUGCCAAAGGACUAUCCAGUUUACAUAAACAAGACUGAGGAGCAUGCCGACUGUCGGAUCCAUGAUGGGUUCUUCAUCUCUCCUCUCAAGCACUUGGUUCCUGGAAUCCUGCCACCAGAGGCUGUUAAUGCCAGGUUCCAGUUUAUAGUUCCUAAGCGAUGGCAGAAAAACAGACCAGUAUGUAUUCAUUUGGCUGGGACUGGCGAUCACUUUUUCUGGCGAAGACGUACCCUGAUGGCCCGACCCAUGGUCAAAGAGGCAGGAAUGGCUUCACUUCUUCUGGAGAACCCUUAUUAUGGUUAUCGUAAACCCAAAGAUCAACUGCGAUCCAGUCUAAAGAAUGUGUCAGACCUGUUUGUGAUGGGAGGGGCUUUGAUACUGGAGUCAACAGUGCUUCUCCAUUGGCUAGAGAGAGAAGGUUACUGGCCACUAGGAAUGACUGGAAUCUCCAUGGGAGGAUAUAUGGCGUCCUUGGCAGUUACGAACUGGCCAAAGCCAAUCCCUCUGAUUCCGUGUUUGUCCUGGUCUACUGCCUCUAGUGUCUUCACUACGGGAGUCCUGAGUAAAGCAGUAAACUGGACAGAGUUGGAAAAGCAGUAUGCCAUUAACUCAGUGUAUGAAGAGGAAAUCAUUAAGCUGUUGGAGUACUGUGGGGUAGAUUCCUUUAAGAUGGAUCCAGAGCUUGUGAAGAAUGCUGAUUCUUUAGAUCAUCUGUGUGGCCUGUCUGGAGAUGACAGGGCAUCCAUGGGGAAGAACUCAAAAGCAGCAAGGGAAGUGGAGACUGAGCAUCGCCUGUAUAUUGGUAAAGGCCCUGAACGGGUUGGAGCUGGAGUGCACCAGUUGUUAUCAUCAGUGAACAUCAGUGGGAUGAACAUUGACAGUCUACCAAGAGGCCCACAUUCACAGAACACACUUCAUCUGAAGAAGAUGCAUUCGGUCAAAUGCUGUCGACCAUCAUUGCAUAGAGAGUCUAUAAGCUUCAUGAAGGGGGUCAUGGACGAAUGUACACACAUGGCCAACUUCUCCGUGCCUGUAGACACCAGUCUCAUCAUUGUGGUCCAGGCUAAAGAGGAUGCCUACAUUCCUCGUACAGGAGUGCUCAGUCUACAAGAGAUUUGGCCAGGAUGUGAAGUCAGAUAUCUGAAUGGAGGACACAUUAGUGCAUACCUGUUUAAACAGAAUGCCUUCAGGCCAUAUAUGAUACAUUCAACAGAUUCUGCUUGAAGUAUCCCAACCUGCACUAGUCAUGGCAGACUGAAGACCUUUUCUCUCUGUAACAGCACCAGGACCUAUAGCUGAACAUUGGAAAAAAGGAACACCUAUCCAAAGACCAGAAGCUUUAGCAUAAAGUGUGGCAGUUAAGAUCAUGAUGUGUCUUAGCUAUAAAGAUUAUCUUUAUAACUAAAGAUAAGAUAAUAUAGCUAUCUUUCAGCAGAGCACAGCCACUUUCUAAUUUUUUAAUUUUUCAACUUGGGAAAUCUUGGUGCACCCAAACAAAUGAAAGUGAAAGUAAAGUAAAAGUAUCGAAAAAUGUUGUGGGAUGUUCAUUCGAUGGUUGUCAAAUAAACACUCAGGCCCCUAGUUUCACCAUAAGCAUCUUGACUGACGUGCAAAUAUGUGAGGCAGCUGCCAAUUGCAUCAAUCAGUAGGGCACUUCAGAUUUUGGUUAAUACUUACCCCUAGAAUAUGCAUACCAAAUGUGGUGAAAUUCUGUCCACGGUAUUUUCAGGAACAUAUUUUUAUUUGUGGCCCUGUUAUAAGUCAGACCCAAAAUGCUUUGGUGGAACUCUGGCCCAACAUGGUCUGAAGAUAUGUACCCAUAUUUAUGAUGACAAAUGUCCUUUUUCUUGCUAAGCCCUGCCCUUUGCAAAGUUUUUGGUUGAUGGGCACAAUGUUUCUUGUCUUUCUCAUUUAUAAUAAAAAAUUGGAUCUCUGUCCCUCAAUGUAGUGUACCUAGUUUGGUGCUGAUACACGAAUAAAACUGUGAUAAUUUGUUAA